AACACUGCACUUUCCGUCUUCGCUUCCUUUUCCAAUUUUUUCUGACGUUUUCUGGCUGAUGUGAUAUUUCAGUACAUUGUACAAGAUGGGUACGUGGAAGCUGGAAGUGGUUAAGAUGUCUAUCUAUGUGAUGUUCCCUGUGACCAUGUUUUAUUACUUCAAUCAGACAGAUCUCUUUGAAACCUAUGUCUCAAAAAAAGUUAAAGAGAUGUACCCUCCCGAGAGCAAGAUGCAUAGGCAAGAGUUAGAGAGCCUUCGGCAAAGAAUGCGGAUAAAAUAUGAGGAGAAGCUGAAACAUUUAGAGACUGAAGAAAGGGAGCUGAUUGCUAGUGCUAAGAAGUCUGCAUCAAGAUAGUCCAAUGCUGUGCCUUUUGUGAUGGACUUGUUUUAUUAUUAAAUUGUGCUGGAGCAUGUCAUAUUGAGUGGACUCUCAGCAAUCGAUGAUCAGGCCAAAUUAAAUUGUAUCUUUGAAGUGAUCAGCCAUUUUAAUGGUGACACGAUCCCAGCAGUAAGAGUCAGCUACGUUAUACCGUCUUCCUGAAGCUAGCUGAAGAUUUUUGGAAAAUGAACUCGGACAAUUUUCUAUGAAAUGUUGACCAUGCAUGGUUAUUUAUUGUUGAUUAUUGUUUUAUUUUAGAGAAGUAUCUGAAAUGAUUAUGAUGGUCAUGCAGUACAUUUGCCUCUCAAAGCUGGGCCUUUACUAAUCUCAAAUGAAAAUACAGUCGUAUCAGUCAUGACUAACCACAGUAUUUAGAUUCUUAACCAUAUGAGGUUAAGAUUGAGGGGUACAAUAUGUUUGGCAUUUAAUUGGCAAUAUCUAAAAUGCAGUAGGUAUAUUGUGAUAUUACUAGUAGUUGAAAAACACUACAUGUUGGGAGAUGUUGUGAUGCGAGACCACACAUUGUCUAUCUGUUGAGCACAUCUUACCAGACAUCAUGAAACCAUUAAAGGGGUGAUCGAGAUUGGUGAUUGAAUGUCAUGUUAAAAUGCAUCACCGAACUUUGAUUCAAGAUGUAGUGCAAUGUAAAUGCCACUUUUGGGUAUUUGGAGGCUUUGGUUCAGUACCACUGUUCUGUCUUUGAAGAACACAUGCUGCUUCCUUUGCCAGCAGCAUGUAAAGUGGAUACUAGGAGGAAGUGACAUGUAUUCAUGUACUAGUCUAACAUGCAAAGUAAGUUGCUCUGUUAGAAGUAAUAUUUUGUGAGACUUUUUCCUACUUUUGUGCAUUUCAUUCAUAAUGAAAUGUACAUGUAUGUAAAUUGAUAUUUGUUUUAACGAUUAUUAUUCAUUGUAAAUUGAAAUUUUGGUUACCUUAUAAAUAACCAACUUGAAAUAACCCUA